AUGUCCGACAGCACGACAGCACAUAGUCCCAAAGGCAAAGGGGCACCCCGCAGCCGGCGGGUUCGCAAAGUACGCCAAUGUACGACGUGUGACCGGACCUUCGCCAAAACAGAUCACCUGGAACGCCAUAUUCGGUCUCAUACUAAAGAGAAACCGUUCAAGUGCACCAUAUGUGGGCGCAAUUACGGCCGCCAUGAUACCUUGCUACGACAUCAAAAAUAUCACCAAGAGGGUGGGUCGGUCGUUGGUGUAGAGCCGCAAGAGGGUUCUGGCAUCUUGCAAAAUGACAUGUUGGGCGAGGCUGUGGUGAUAUCUCCCCGGGUCUCAACCGUAGCCUUGGACCAUACCAUAAACUCAGCCUUGGAUGUCGCAUCCCUGGGCUACACAAACGACGAGGCAACGUACCAAGACGCCUCCAAAGGUAUCUACCAAGGCCAGGGUGCCUCCAACCCAGAAGCCUGCAACUUGGACCCGGCCAUCGAAGCAUUUGAGUUUGACGCCCAGUUCCCGUCCUGGCUGGUGGAUGGCGACUUUAAUGCAGACAUUCUGGAUACGCCGCUCGUCACCAGUAUGGUCGAGUUGAGGCCUGACUGGCCUGAAAGUCCCUACGCCCCGUCUGGCUCCAGGGGAAUCAAGCCCGUUCCUGACACGAAGCGCCUCUGGUUCAUUACUGGCCAUGACGGGCAAGAGGAAGUGCCCCGAUCAGGGCCUCCCACGCCUCCAGCCUCUCAAGUCGAAGUCGACGAUAGUUAUCGGCAAACAUUGCAUCAAUCCCUACAAAUCCGUUCGCAACACGACCAAGUCCUCCCUUCCGCCGACUUCCUCAAUCUUUGCGUCCGCUCUUAUUUUGCCAGGUUUCAUCCCGUCUUUCCGCUGGUACAUGCACCUACUUUUCGUCCAUCCAAGGCCAAUUCCAUGGUUCUCUUGUCCAUCUGCUCUGUCGGCAGUCUUUUCACCGGCUCGGCUAACGCCAUCCGACAAGGAGUGCAGAUCUUCGAAAGAUUGCACAAAGCGGUCCUGGCAAACUGGGAACGGCUGAUGUCUCGUGGCACCGACGAACAGGUGUCCCUCGUCCAGACCGCCAUUAUUGGGCAGACUUUUGGUCUGCUCUCGGGCGAGCCACAACAUCUUGCCAUCGUCGACGCUUUCAACGGCACUUUGAUUUCGUGGGCACGGCGUUUAGGGGCCUUCAGAGCAAAGAAGCUGCGUGGGCUCGACCUCAAUGUCUCGCCCCCCGAGCUGGAUCAGUUGUGGAGGGAAUGGGCCAGAAACGAAGAACUCAUUCGCAUUGGCCUCAGUGUACACAUCCAUGACGCUGAGCUUGCGAGCAACUUCCACCACGAACCGUUCUUGCGCCACAGUUCCCGGCCCCUGCCCAUCGCGGCCUCGAACCAGACUUUUACGGCAGCGCGGCCUGAAGAAUGGCGCCUGUCAUAUCUCAACGACCCGAGCGACUUCGAGAAUGAUGCGAUAACACCCGCCUCCCUCGAUAUGCACGCGGAUUUCGACCUCUUAGCGAUUCCUAGCAACAGUUUUUUCACUGCCUACACAGUCCUGGAAGGUAUCUGUGUAAACAUUGUGGAUAAUAAAACGAAUGCCCACGCAAGGCCGUCGGGCAUGGAAGAAGUUUCCUCUCUGCUGACCAGGUUUUACGGACGUUUCCUACAAGGGACCGCUUCCUGGGAACCGGACCACAUGGAUAUGAGCAUCCUCUGGCACUCGGCCCAUAUGUCCAUGUACGCGGAUUUUGACCUGUUGGAACGAGCCAUUGGCCGCGACGGCUCUCACCUCUCGGCUGAGGACGAACUGGCCGUCACAAGCUGGGCCGGCUCGGACCAAGCCAAGCGGUGCGUGCUCCAUGGAAUAAUGGUCCAGAAAAAGCUGGAGACUCUGCCCCUAGGGUUCGAACCAGCAAUCCACGUUCCGCGAGCUAUGUUCAGAGCCGGCAUUGCAUGGUUCUGCUACACUCGCUUUGGCGAGGGUAGGGAGGCGCAAAGAGCUAUAGCCUCGGAGAGCCUCGAUUUCCCGGAGUUCAAGCUCCUCGGUGUCAAUCCCAGCUUGUUGCUAUUCCAGGCCAACGGGUACAAACAUGGCAGACCCACGACGACCGAGGUCAAUGCAACCCUUUGCGGACUUACAGAUCUUUUGAGGCGAAUUGGCCAUUGGGAGAUCGCCCGCAGGUUUGCAGCCAUUCUUGGAGCUUUGUUACACAACGAAGCUGAUUGA